AUGGCAAUCCGUCGCCGGUUUGUGUUUAGCCGAGCAUACCAAGUGUUCGAAGAGUACUGCUCCGAAAGUUCGGUGCACGGUGUAAGGUUCUUUGUCGGUGCACAGCGUUCCGCCUGCGUGAAAGUCACCUGGCUGGCGGUUUUUCUGCUGUCGCUUGUUGGGUGUGGCAUUAUGAUUCAGCAAGCGUACGACAAAUGGGAUCGUACGCCCGUCAUCGUGACACUGGCGGAGACACCGGCACCCGUGUGGGACAUGAACUUCCCGGCCAUUACCAUAUGUCCGGAAAUCAAGGUGCUGAAGGAGCACUACAACUUCACCGAACAGUUCAAUCAGCUACUACCACAGACGUUCGAGGCGAGAAAGAGUCCCCGGUAUCGAAUCAAUAUCACCGACGAAAGCAUUGGCAAGAUGAAAGCCAUCAUCCACCACUGCUCGGGGAUCUAUAUGAAUCCGGGGAACUUUAUCUUCGACUACAACCACAUACCGGAACCCAGUUUGGUGGAGUUUCUGAAAAGUGUAUCGCUGGACCGGCGGAACGUAUUAACAAAUUGCGGUUCAACCAGCGAUAAUCGAUGCACCAACUAUAUGCAAGUAACGCUGACGAACGAAGGCGUGUGCUACUCAUUCAACAUGCUGUCUCAGGAGGAAAUGUUCCGCGAAGGGGUACUGCACAGUGAGUACAAGUAUCUGGAAGAUUGGGAUGACGAUGGUAAGGGUAUGGACGACAACGAAGCCAAAGAUGAAGGGCAAGGUCUGCUGCAGGUAGCAGGAUCCGGUCUGGAUGCUGCCAUCGGUUUCGUAAUGUCCCACUAUCCACUCAAAGUGGACACCUCGUGUGUGCGUGGCCGCGGCUAUAAAUUACUUAUCCACGAACCGACCGUUUAUCCGGAUCUGUCCAAGCGUAACAUCCGGCUGUCCGUCGCCCAAACGCUUACCAUCGCGCUCAAACCGAACAUCAUGAUCACCUCGCCGGUGCUGUCCAAGUACAGUGCCCAGAAGCGUCAGUGUUACUUCGACGAUGAGCAUCCGUUACGGUUCUUCCGGAACUACAAUCAAGACAACUGUGAGCUCGAGUGUCUGACCAACUACACGCUACAGUCCUGCGGUUGCGUUCAUUUCUCGAUGCCACGAACGAACGAAACCAGUAUCUGCACGCUAGCGCAAGAACUUUGUGCCGCCAAUGCACGGUCAGCGCUCUUCAUUCGGAAGCAAAAUGCCAGAAAUGGGACGGUGGACUAUCUACGGCAGUGUGACUGCCUACCGGCGUGUACCUCGGUGCGUUACGAUCUGCAGAUCACCGAGGAGUCGCACUCGGAAGAGCGGGAGGUUCGCUCGACGCUCAUGAGUGAAGAGGAGCUUUUAAGGAAUUUGCUACUGCCCGUCUAUUCCGUGUUUCAGAUCUUCUUUCAGGACACGCAUUUCAUACCGGCGCGAAGAUCGGAGAUGCACGGGAUGAUGGACUUUCUGGCGAACUGUGGCGGUCUCCUGGGGCUGUUUAUUGGUGUCAGUUUGUUAAGCAUCGUGGAGACACUAUACUACAUUCUGGUGCGUCCAAUCAACAGCGAUACAACGGAGAAGAACGGUGAAAUGGUUUCUGGAGCUGGCAUAAGCUCAGGGCUAAUGUUGUAUCUCAGGCAAAGCCUGUCCGAUACCGACUACAUGUGCACGGGCUUCUCGCAAGGAUAUAAACUUACACUACAUGAUUCGCAGGAGUAUCCGCAAGUGUCCAAGCGCAACAUUCGUAUUCCACUCGGACACGAAAUCAACAUCGCGUUAAAACCGCAAAUUAUCGAAACAUCCAAUUCGGCGGCCGCGUACGAUUGGAAGAAGCGUCAAUGUUUUUUCAACCACGAGCGACACCUUCGCUUCUUUCAGGAGUACACCCAGGAUAAUUGCGAGCUCGAGUGUCUCACCAACAUGACACUACAGCUGUGCCGAUGCGUUCGGUUUUCCAUGCCACAUGACAAUGAAACACAGGGCUUCUCGCAGGGAUACAAACUGACGCUACAUAACACGAAAGAGUACCCGCAACUAUCCAAGCGUAGCAUUCGCAUUCCAUUUGGGCAUGAAAUAAACAUCGCGUUAAAACCGCAAAUUAUCGAAACAUCCAAUUCGGCGGCCGCGUACGAUUGGAAGAAGCGUCAGUGUUUUUUCAACGACGAGCGACACCUUCGCUUCUUUCAGCAAUACACUCAGGAUAACUGCGAGCUGGAGUGUCUCACCAACAUGACACUAUUCGAGUGCAAAUGCGUUCGGUUUUCCAUGCCACAUGACAAUAACACUCAGAUAUGCCCGCUUGGAACAUGGCAAUGGAACUGGAUUUGCAACUGUCUGCCGGCGUGCAAGUCAACGCAUUACGACUUGGAAAUAACCCAAUCAUCCCUCGAUAUCGAAAAGUUUAUGAAAGCCAAUUCUAUUCCAAUGGAGGACAACAAUGAGAAGUACGCAUUUACCACGCUGGAGAUUUAUUUUAAAGAAUCGCAUUUCAUCACAUCAAAACGCACGGAACUGUACGGAUUUGUCGACCUACUGGCGAAUUGUGGUGGUUUGCUAGGACUCUUCAUGGGAGUAAGCUUCCUGAGUCUGAUAGAGAUUUGCUACUUCUUAACGAUUCGUCCCUUCUCGAUGAGGCGUAAUAUGCAGCCGUCCAAUAUCAACAAUUCGAACAACUUGAUGCCUGCCGUUAUUUAUCAAAAUAGUAGCAAUUAA